AUGAAUAUUAUUACAAGAUGGUUAAGACAAUGUUCAAAUUGUUUUAAUCAUAGAAAUUUAACAUAUGAUAAUUAUUCUCAAUUAUCAGAUUAUAAUAUAAAUAUUCGUAAUUUAGCAAAAUAUUGUUUACAUAUAUCAAAUAAAAAAGAUUCAAUUUGUUAUAAAUGUUUUUUAGAAUUUUUUCAUUAUGAUCGUUUUAUAAUUCAUCAUUUAUUUUUUUAUCUUAAUCAACAACAAACAAAUUAUAUACAUAUAAAAGAAUUUGAUUUAUUUGCUGAAUGUAUUAUUAAUUGGCAUGAAUUUAUUAAUCAUAUAGAUUUUAUUUUAUUAUUAUUUCAUAUAAUUUUAUCAAAAAAUAAUCAUUUUAAUAUUAAAACAUUAAAUAAUAUAUUACAACAUGAUGAUAAUGAUAUAUUAGAAAAAAUUUCAAUUAAUUCAAUAUUAUUAUAUGAAUUAUUAAAAGAUGCUUUCUUUUUUACGGCUAUACAAUCAAAUGUUCAAACAAAUCUUACAAAUUCAAGUCAAAUAUUUUUAGAAAAAUUCUAUAAUUAUUUUUAUCAACUAAAUCAAAAUCAUAAUUGUAAAACCUAUAUAAAAUUAAUUAAACGUAUAUUACCAUGGGGAUUUAUUAGUAUUCAUAAAUGGUUUAAAAAUUGUUUACUUUCUACAACUAAUAAAAUACAAACAAUAUCUUAUGAAUUUAAUUCAAAUUUACCAUUAACAUUUCUUUGGUAUAUAACUAAUUGGUUAGUUUCUAAUAAAGUUUUUCUUAAUGAAUAUGAUCCAAUAAAUAUAUAUGAAAAAAUUUCUCGUCAAGAAUUUAUAACAAAUCUGUAUGAUUCAGAUAAACAUGGAUAUUCAAUUGUUACACUAUGUGAAUUAACAUAUUAUAUUGAUGGACCAUUUCUUAUUAUGUUUUAUUGUAAUGAUGAAAGAAUUUUUGCUAUUUUAUUAGAAGGAAAACUUAUGGAUUCAGCUAAAUCAUAUGGUGGUCGAUCAUCUCUUUGUUUUCAAUUAUCUCCUCAAUUUAUUAUACUUGAACGUGGUCCAUCAAUGCUCUAUUGGAAUAUUAAAAAUCGUUCUGAUGGUCCAUUAGGUAUUCGUAUAGGACAUAAUGGUAUAAUACGAAUAUCAAUCGAUCUUAAUAUGGAAUAUAUUCAUCAUCCGGAAGGUUCUAGUUCAAUAAAUCGAAUAGAAAUAUAUAAAUUUGGUUUAUAUAAAACACCUACAGUAACUUCUACUAAUCAACGUCAAUCAUUAGUUAAUAAACAACACAAUGAAUAUAAUGUAUUCAGUGUUGAUGCUCAUAAACUAGCGGAAUCAAUUGGUAUACAUUUGUUUACGUAG